AUGGAGUUUGGCGCUCCAGGCUCUCUCCUAUAUCGCCUCCUAUUCCUCGACAAGCAAUAUCGCGCCUUUUCCCCCUGGCACGAAAUUCCCCUUCACGCCGCGCUUCCCCCUUCCGCCUGCCCCUCCCCUCCGCCCGCACACGGGGAGCCGGGCCUAUCUGCCCUGUCCUUUUUCUGCGUUACCCCGCGCGGAACGUGGGCAAAGUUCGAAAUUGCCCAGGAUGAGAACUUCACGCCGGUUCGGGUGGCGGAGCGGCAGCCAAGCGGGGGCCCCGCAAGAUACGCGGAAAAUUGCCAAUGGAACUUGGGCGUGUUACCGCAGACUUGGGGCGAUCCGAGGGCGCCCAACGAAGAGUACGGAGGUCUGCCGUACGACGGAAAGCCAGUGCAAGUGUUCGACGUGAGCGGCUCGCGCGGCGCCGCGAGAGUCGGGGACGUGUACGUGGUGAAGCCGCUCGCCGCGUUUGCCGCCGUGAGUCGCGCGCCCGCGGUUUCGUGGAAGGUGGUGGCCGUGGCCGUUGAUGACCCGCUGGCUCUGGAGCUGCAUGACAAGCGCCUGGCGUUUGGUCUGCGCGCCGAUUGUCGCUCUCUUUCGCUCCCUCUCACCCCCUGCUUCCACCCUCUACACUCCCCCACCCAUCCAUCCCACUCCCCCCUCCCACCACCCCCUUCCCCCUCCUUCUCCUCCCUCCUCUCCCAACCCCCCCCUCCUCCUCCUCCUCCUCCUCCUCCUCCUCCUCCUCCUCCUCCUCCUCCUCCUCCUCCUCCUCCUCCUCCUCCUCCUCCUCCUCCUCCUCCUCCUCCUCCUCCUCCUCCUCCUCCUCCUCCUCUCUCUCUCCCUCUCUCUCUCUCUCUCUCUCUCUCUCUCUCUCUCUCUCUCUCUCUCUCUCUCUCUCUCUCUCUCUCUCUCUCUCUCUCUCUCUCUCUCUCUCUCUCUCUCUCUCCCUCUUUCUUUCUCUUUCGCCCGCGUUGUACUCUCUCCUAG